AAGAAGAAGGAGGAGAAGAACAAUGGCGAAGUCUUCAUGCCUAUUGUUGUUGGUAGGCAUCUUCGUAGUGACCUUCGUCUUCUCAUCCUCCAGAGUCGAAGCCAGCGGAGAUUACCAAAUAGGUUGGAUUCCGACGAGAUCCGCCUGCGAUGGAUCGAUUGCAGAGUGUUUCUCCGGCAAUGAGUUCGAAAUGGACACAGAGAUCAACCGGCGUAUUUUAGCAACAAGUAGUUACAUAAGCUAUGCAGCACUGAAGCGCAACAGUGUCCCUUGCUCAAAACGAGGUGCCUCUUAUUACAAUUGCAAAAGUGGAGCUCAAGCCAACCCUUACAGCCGUGGUUGCAGUACCAUUACUCGUUGUAGAGGAAGUUAGUUUUCUUCUUCUCUUUUAUCCGAUCCUUCUUCUUCGUCUUUCUUUCUUUUUUU